AUGAGGCGAGAUUACAGCGAAUAUUCUCAGGAGAAGAAAAGAGGAAAAAGUCAUGAGCUCCCACAUCAGAAAACAACAUCUCCACUGUUCUCCAUUAUCCUCUUAGACCUCUGCGUGUCAGGAGUAUCCAGGUCAGGGCCCAAAACACAGAGAAGAGACGGGAUCCCGCUGAGGAGGGUUAACGUUUCUAUUUCUCCGCCAUAAAAGCUGCUUUCAGUUCAGUUUUUUCGGUCUUUAACAGAUUUCAGGGACGUCUGGAUGAAAAAACAUGUCGACAGAGUCUGCUGCUGAUCCAGGAGGGUUUUCUGCUGCUCUCUGUUCGCGGUGGAGCAGGUGUCUCUCUUCUUCAGGUGUAUUAAAUCCAAAAUCAAACAGAUGAUUCUGCACUCUUCAAGGAGUUUUCAUACACUAACUUCAGUCAGCUGUUUUCUCCUGCGGUGCCACCCUCUGAUAAAAUCAUGAUUGCUGAUUUUGUAUUUUUUUUUUUUUUUAAAGAAACAAAUUUAACAAGAAGAAAAAAACCUCUCCUCCGUCUGAAAAGCUCUUUUAUCGCUCCUCCAGCUGUCGUUGCUGCACUUUAAUCCAUCUGGCGUCGACAGAUUCAUCUUCCUCAGAAAAAAAAAACAGAUUUCUACAUCUUUUUUGUUUAAUUUUGCAGCUGUGAUCGUCUCGCCGUGUCUGAUUAUAAAGAUAUACGACAGAUCCAGUCCAUGAAAAUGAAGCCAAAACACGUUUAAUAAGUCAGUCAGUCCGUGCGCUGGAGCAGAUCUGACCGGUUUAAUCGUCGUUCAUGUUUGGUGUCUCAUCCUCGAACCUCUUCACUCCUUGCAGACUGGCUUCUGAUUGGUUAGUGCUGUGACAUGUGACCUGUUUCUCAUCAUUAGACUGAUCUAACCUCCUCAUAUAUCGUUGGAGUCUGUAGGUUGGUGCAGCGGCAGAGACCAGAUCUGUUUCUUCUGGAGACUGAGGAGAUCUCUGACUCUCGGUUGGUUGAGUUCUGAUUAUUUCUAACGUACGAGUUAAAUGAACUCUGACCUUAACCAGGAUCUGGGUCCCUCUGCAGGUCCAGACACGAUUCCUGGACCUGAGCUCAAAGCCGUCUUCACAGACACCCUGCUUCAG